AUGAAGCCGGAAACAGAUUACUAUAUCGGCAUCGAUGUCGGCACUGGCAGUGCCCGUGCCUGCGUCAUCGAUGAAACCGGCGACAUUGUCGGGCUGGCCUCAGAGAAUAUCAGUCUGUGGCAAUCUCCAGAAGGACACUAUGAGCAAUCAACCUCUGACAUCUGGCGCUGCAUCUGCGCAGCUGUCCGGCGUGCCCUCAGGGAAAGGAACAUCCCGUCAUCAAUGAUCCGGGGAAUCGGGUUCGAUGCAACCUGUUCCCUGGCAGUCUUCUCUACUGAUACUGACGGCCCGGUGUCUGUAACUGCUUCCACAUUUGACAGUGACCGGAAUGUGAUCUUAUGGCUGGAUCACCGGGCAGUCAAGGAAACAGAGAAGAUCAAUGCAACGGGCCACAAGGUCCUGCAGUACGUUGGGGGCAAGAUGUCUGUUGAGAUGGAGAUACCGAAAAUUGUCUGGUUGAAAAACAACAUGCCGGCUGCUAUCUUCGCGAAAUGCAAGUUCUACGAUCUGGUAGACGCGCUGACGCAUCUGGCAACCGGCGGUGAAACCCGCAGUCUAUGCAGUCUUGUUUGCAAGCAGGGAUACUUGCCAAAUGGAAUUGAAGGUUCCGAGCCAGGAUGGCAGAAGGACUUUCUCCAUGAGAUUGGACUCCAGGAUUUCUGCGACGAAGAUUUCCGCAGGCUUGGCGGAAUCCACGGAGAGAACGGUCGCCAUCUUCAUGCUGGUGAACCCGUGGGGAACCUGUCCGAGAAGGCCGCUGCUGAGCUGGGCUUGCCUGCAGGUAUCCCCAUCGGCAGCGGCGUGAUUGAUGCUUACGCCGGAUGGAUUGGAACAGUCGGUUCCAAGAUCGAAGGGAAUCCGCUGGCGGCUUCGACGGACGUACGUGAAGCCUUCUUUACUCGUCUAGCUGCAGUGGCCGGUACCUCAACAUGCCAUCUUGUAAUGUCCCCGAAUCCGGUGUUUGUGCCUGGAGUCUGGGGUCCUUACCGGGAUACAAUCCUGGCCGGCUGCUGGAUGGCAGAGGGAGGGCAGUCUGCAACCGGCCAGCUGCUCCAGCACAUCCUGGAUAACCAUCCGGCGUUCAAGCAGGCAGAGAAACUCGCCGGCCUGCAUAAUAAGAACAUCUUUACGUUCCUCAAUGACCGGUUGAAAGACAUGGCGAAAGAACAGAAAGCCCCAUGUAUCCCAUACAUCGCACGCCAUUUAUUCUUCUACGGCGACUUCUUCGGCAACCGCUCUCCCCUGGCUGAUCCUAGCAUGACAGGUUCAAUUAUCGGUCUCACCAGCGAUGUGUCAGUCAAUAACUUGGCUCUGCUGUACUACGGCACACUGGAGUUCAUUGCCCUACAAACCCGGCAGAUAGUUGAAGCCAUGAACCAGUCCGGCCACAGGAUCACUUCCAUCUUCAUGUCCGGGUCUCAGUGCCAGAAUGAUAUCUUGGUCGGCCUGAUUGCCUCCGUCUGCGAUAUGCCCGUCGUGGUGCCUUGCUACAUCACCGCAGCCGUGUGCCAUGGAGCGGCGAUGCUGGGUGCCAAAGCGGCGAGUGUGGACGCGGCAGGGAAGACAGCAGACCUGGUGGACAUCAUGGACAGAAUGAGUAAGCCAGGACGACUUUUCUAUCCGACCAAGGACUCUCGUGAGAGGACUCUUCUCGCCACCAAGUACCGUGUUUUCCUCGAUCAGUGCAGCCGACAGCGCGAGUACCGGACAGUAGUCGAUACAGUUCUGUCAUCUCUUUCUAACGGUGAUUAG